UGAGCGUCGGCGGUGAGCGGCGAGCUUCAGUGAUGGACAAGGAAAAAGGGGUGAAGACCUAUGUCGUGGUUAAGUUCCCAGAUGAAGAAGAUUCUGUCGCCAUGAUACAUGGCAGCUGGAUGGUCGACGGAGGGAGGUGCAUGUGGCCAAAUGAAAAGGACACUGGCAAGCUCAAGCAUUCUAUUAUGAGGGGAACUGUACCGCAGCAUCACUGGUCCAAGCAUAGAUGUGUCGUGCUAUCAUCAUUUGACACGUACGAGGAGGCACAUACAAAACUCAAAAAGGCUGAAAUGACCUCCGAUCUUGCAAGUGACACAGAACUAGGCAGGGGAAAACGGAAAAAGAGAAGGACAAAUCGGGGCAGUCCACAUGACCACGACGAAGUGCAAUUCCACGACAGUUGGACAACUGAUUCUGAAGAGUGUGGUUACGCACCGCCAAGGCCACCAACUCCACCAACGUAUUUUGACUUGUCGCACCAAGUGAACAGGAGGCAGUCCACGGAAGUGCAGUCAGUGCCAGAGACACAAGGAAAUCAUGAGCAUGUCGCUCUCGGGCGUACUUACCCAUUUCCGCGAUGGACAGAAGCUCAAGGAAGAGAACCUCCUCCUAUUGAAGUGCCAUCAGCAUCAACUACGCCACACACAUGGGUGCAGCCAGUGCAGUACUUACCGCAGUCUGCCGACCCCUCGCCACCAGGGCUCGUACAAGACUCUCGUUGCCAAAGUUCCCAGCUCAUGUCUACGGACUGCAGGCCACAGCAGUUAUCCCGUUUUCCAGGGGUGACUCACCCACAGCUGCAGUGUACUUCGCCUCUUCAAAGCAUUGGUGCCGACUUUGUGCGAAGCAUUUCUGCCCCGACCACAUCCCUACGGCAUGAUCUGAAUGUCGAUUACCGGAGAGAAACAGCACGGAGAGAACAGCAGUCGUGUCACGCUCCGCGCAGAGGAUCUGACCACGAAGGAAAUAAUCGUUGCGAUUAUCCAUCCAACAGUCCUGGCCAUGCAUUUGAAAAGGAGGUUUUGAAGAUCUUACACAUUCUUAAAGUGACCCAGCAGUCACAAAGUGAGCAGCUGUCUACGAUACUACAGCGUUUUAGCACAAUGGACGAUGCAUCAGAGCAACAGAUCUGCCUAGAUAGACCAUUCCAGACACUUGCAGACUUUUUGGAAUUUGAAGACGACCUUGCUGAAAAUCCUGCUAAACGAGCUCAACUGAAAAGGUACUUCAAGUCCAUUGGGGGCAGCACGACCCGAGAAUCUGUCUUCAGGAUCCUGUCACGUCUCUUGCAUUACAAGGUCGGGCGAGAGUACAGUUUAUACGGAAGCAAGGGGAAACGGAGGUUCAGUGACCUCACGACUUGGAAAAUCAUGCAGAACCACUUGACAGAGUCUCAUGGUACCCCCGGCCCUGCCACACUGAAGGAGGUGGAACAAGCUACCAUGUCAUGGCUGCGCCAUGCACCACAAGCCCAUGAUCGUCAGAAGCAAAAGGAAGGUCAGGAGUGCAGCAGACAAGAACCAUAAGUAACGACUGCCUCCAAAUGUCGUUUAGUACAAAAUGAUUGGAACUGUUUUUUUUUCUGCAUUUUAGGCGUUUAACUAGCGGGCAUUCGUUUUCCUAUGUUAGUUGGUAGUCCUUUUCACCUGUGUGUGCAUUUUUGGUCGCUGGCCACGCCAUUUACCUUUAGUUGUACUAAGUGUUUUCAUUAGCAUAGUAUUCUGUAGCAGACACCAUUUUUAUCUGCACUUGUCAAAAGCAGAACUUAAAGCUCAGUUAUGCAUCAUCAUUCUCAUGAUUCAAGAACCACUGCUGAUUGUACGUUAUGUGCAGCCCUGAUCCUUCAGUUCUCACCAUAGCUCGGCAUUUUGGUCAUGGAACUCGCGGUCAAAACCAUCCGGUAAGGCAUGAGCUCACAGAUAUGCCAUGUCGACUUCCACAUCAGUUCGUACCCUAUGACUGAGAUCACACCCUAUCAGACGAUUGUGACCCUGAGUUUUGUGGCCCAAAAUGUUGAGCUAUGGUUGCGACGUACAAUGUGUUUGAGCUUUAGCUGUAGUCAUUGAUACU